AUGGUUACAUUAUCUACCGACCUCGGGAUGAUCCGACUGAACGCCAACAAGAACGUUCAACGGGUCGUCUCCCCUUCCAUGGUAAUAGGGCUGGGCUCUACAAGCUGCCAGAUUGUUCGCAAGCUGGAAGCGACCUCGGAAAACUGGGGUUUCGAAGACCGCAAGAAUUUGGCUUUCCUGUAUAUGGACACCAGGGAAGCAACGCGCGGCGAGAUUUCCCGCGCUGCCAGAUUUAUACCUUUGGUUUUGCCACACUUUUCCAACCUGCGCGAUAUGCGCCCGUGGAUCACGGAAUGUGUUCCUGAGCUGAAAUACCUGAGCCUGUCGCGAGAGGGAGCAUUGGGUACCCUGGCUAACGCCGGAGUGGCCGGACGCUUCAACUACAGCGACGUCCGGGGUCACCUCGACUCCACCAUUGAGCAGAUCUGUCCUUACUAUGAGGGCAUCACUUAUCUGCGGAUCCACGUUGUGGCGUUCCUUGGCGGAGGCACCGUCGGCGCUCUUCCGGUGCUGAUGGCGGCGUUGUCCGAGGUGCGGGGCACGGCAUACAACUUCAGCGUGGUGCUACACCUGUUGCUUCCUCAGCGGGGGAUGUCCCGCGAUCCCGAGACCACAUAUCCUCUGCAGUUGCGGAACGCCUACGCCAUACUCCAAUUCCUGCGCUCCAUCACCGGGGUACAGGCUGGUAGGGCGGAACACACGGGGAGCGACACCUUUACCAUCACGGUGUAUCCCGAUAAACGAAUCGAGGCCAUCGGGCCUCACUUCGACGUUACGCUGCUGCACCGCUCUCCCAAGGACUCAUUGCCGGUGCAGCGAAACCACAUUGCCAGAGUCCUUGAAGACUUGGUGGCAGAUGCCUGGGGAACCGGCCAGGACUGGUGGGCACGCUUCCACGAGACCAUGAGGGAAGCCAACAACCAGGAAGAUGCGCGGUUCGGAUCCAUCAGCUCGCGGGAGAUCGGGCUGCUCAACGGAUUCUUCAACCAGACUGCCAAGCAGUAUCUCCAAAAUCAGUGGCGCAGCAGGCUGUAG